UAUAACUGCAUGAUCACAUGCACAGAAGCAAUACCACACCAAGCUGAUCAGAGAAAAAUAGAGAUGAAAUCUUACCAUUCUUUCUUCGUUGAACUUCUAGUGCUUCAAUGCUUAGCACUUGCGUCUGCAUCGCUUGGAUAUAAUUUCCACUACUUUGUACAGCAGUGGCCGGGAUCGCACUCAUGUGUCACAAGGAAAAGUUGUCACCCAACAACAGGAAAACCCGCAACAAAUUUCAGCAUCAGUGGGUUUCGGCCAUAUUACAAAGAUGGCUCAUCCGAGACCUUCUGCAAUGUUUCUAACAUUAACCGGCCUUUUGAUCUAUCCAAGAUCUCGGACCUGACCUCUAAAAUGCAAGCAAAUUGGCCAUCACUAGCGUGCCCAUGCAUGCAGCGACAGUACUACAGGCCUAUGGUUACAUGAAUGGUAUAAAUACGGAACCUGCUCAGAGUCUAGGUAUCUCCCAGGUGAACAUGCGUACUUUAAAGCAGCUCUUGAUCUCAAAGACCGAGUAAACAUCCUCCAAAUCCUCGAAAAGUCUGGUAAUUUCCCAUGCUCUUUACCCAGUCUUCAGUGAACCAGAUUCAAGUUUUAUUCUGACAUUUAUUUUGUGUAUAUCUAAACAGGAAUUCAACCAAAUGGGGGAUUUUACAACUUAAGUAGCAUACAUAGUGCUACACACAAAGCUAUUGGGUACGAUCCAUGGAUAAAAUGCAAAACUGAUGCAUCGGGGAAUAGCCAACUUUACCAGAUUUAUCUUUGUGUCGGUCGUUAUGAACUGACCUUCACGGAAUGUCCGGUGCUACCCAGAACUACCGAGGAUUGUGCCUCUGCCAUUAAGUUCCCGGCUUUCUAGCACGUCGCAAUAAUUAAUUGAGGGAGGACUCUCUACCUGUCGAUGCAAUUUGGCUCCCAAAAUGAAGAAAAAUUCAAGCAAUCGAUUUUAAUAUAUAGUAAACUAAGAAUUCAAGUGAGAUUGUAACGUAAUGUUCUUGUUUGCAGUUGUAAUUAAUGUGCGUUUUCUAUAUAUACUUGGCAAAUAAAAGGUGGUAGUACUAGCUAGCCAACUUA